AUGCAAGGCUCUUUUCAGCGAUUUCGGGUGUCCAGGCCCAAACCACGAAAAGGAGAGAAACCCUCGUUAUCUUCAGUGAAUGAGAGGGCCACAUUGCCUCCAACAAACCCCAGUCAAGGAGAAAGGUCAGAGUCAUCCGCUCGACAAUCAACUCAAUCGGCCUGCCUGAGAUGUCGCCGGUUGAAGAAAAAAUGCACUCGUACCCGUCAGGGUGGAUGUAGGCUCUGUAUGGCGGCCUGGUUGCCUUGCUCGUUUCCAAGGUCUAUUCAAGACUCCCAAGAGCGCGAGAAAUCGCUGCAGGAACGCAUAUCAUGGCUUUCAGCGCAUGUAAACAGAGCCCGUCCACUAAAUGCUAUCCCGGUAGAGUUGGUUGAGACUGGAAAUGAUCUUGCCAUACCACAGACGUCUGAGUUGCCUGACAUGCGAAUCGAACCUAUUACCAGACUGGAGGACAGAGGGGUGCGGAAAUACGGGCUGGACGACGCCACAGGCUUCCCUAAGCAUGCUCUCUCGAAGGACGUAAGAACAAUCUCGCGGUUCGUCGAUAAAGCUGCCGGUCGUCGUUUUGUAGAGGCUUAUUUUCGCCAUGUUCACCGGGCUUAUCCAUUCCUGGAUCGUGAUGAAGUUUUCCAAGAUGUUGAUCUUAUAUAUGUAGCUAGAGAUAAAGUGGUCGCUUUUCUAGAAAUCCCUACCAGACUAAGUAUCAUCAUGGCAGUUGGGCGUACAACGCUGCAGCGAGCAGAUGAGCUUGGAGAUGCGGAAGGCGCACGUAUUGAUAUUCCUGACAAAGAAAUCAUUCACGAAUGCCUUUGCAAAAGUGACCUCACCUCGGUGGAAAUCCUCACGCUACUCGCUUUGUAUUCCCUGUUCGAAGCUGGUGGCGUUCCUGCCUGGGGAAUCAUAGGGAUUCUCGCUCGCAAAGUGAUUUCAAUGGGCCUUGCGCGAGACAGCAGCUUAGUUGGGGACAUGUCUCAGGUUGAGAUGGAGCGUCGUCGACGGCUUUUGUGGUCGGUUUAUGUCUUGGAUCGUAUGAUCAGUGUGUCAUACGGUCUAGCACCAAGCCUCAGCGAAGAGGAUAUCAAAAUUCCUCUGCCCAGCGUCACUGUGGAGGAAUACGCAUCAGCUGAUCGUUCCUAUUAUGCCAUGACACUGCAAAUAAAUCGGCAUGUGGUAUCGCUUCGACAGCUCGAAGGCAAAAUCUUACAAGCUGUUCAUUUAACCCCACCGAUGCUUUUUACCCAGGGUAUGAUGGCACCUUAUAUCGACGAUAUUCGUAGGGAGAUAGAUGAUUGGUACACACAGGGGUGUCUGCUGUCCAGUUCUACAGGAAACGACAAUGACCAAAUCCCAUUUCAUAACACCAUCAGUUGGCACAACGCGCGAUACCAGAAUCUUCUCGUGCUGCUGUAUAGUCCGUCGAAGUUGAACUUUCAGCACUCUGUGGAAAGGGUGUCGGAACUGCAUGCAGCCGCACAAAAGUACGUGCAGUCCACUCUAGUUUUGCAACAACAGAGACACUUACCGCUUAACUGGAUUACCCUUUGCCGAUUUCUAACAAUGGGUGCUAUAUUGUAUCAUUGCUAUAUAUGGCGCCUCAAACAGUCAAAGUCCAUUGAUGAUAGAAAUAUCACGGAAAGAACUGACUCCCUAGAAUAUAAAAUCCCUGGCUCCUCGCCCUCUCUGGUGUCUCCGCUGGAUAAAGAUGCUUCUCUAAAAGAAAUCGCCAAUGACGUGUUUCUAUGCGCCAAAUUUUUAGAUUUAUUCCCAGCAAGCUGGCAAACAGCUAAACAAGCGGCGGCGGUCUUUUGGCAAUUCGCGGAAUACAUUUCUGCGCAGCAAUCAACUGCAAACAUACCAAAUGCCGCCGAAUUUGAAUUGUCCGCAGUUAAUGAUGAAAGCCCAUUUAUUAAUAAAGUACAACGGAAUUUCGAUCCCGUUCUUGAUGCCAUAAAGAUUUACAACGAUAAGCAGCGCCCCUUGAGCAGUUCAGGGGUAGAAUUAACUAGAAAUAAGGGACGACGAGUGUCCUUGAAGGGUAUUCGUAAACAAAUCCUUCAAUUAAUCAAGACCAAUUUGGGAGAUACAAGUAUAUAUGCCUACGCAGUAAGAGAAGACGAAUCGGUAUUAGGGCUCAUGAACACCAUGGCAGAAGAGAAAUUGCUUCCCUUCAACGACUUCGUUUCAACAACAACAAAUGACCUAUUCCAGGGAUCCAACAUAUCACCGAAUGACCUAGGGUCUAGGAGAGGCAGAUUGUGGUUAGAUUUCAUGGAUGAUCUUCCCCUUGGGGUUCUUUGA